UGUUUUGUCAUCUUGCGUGAAAGAUUAGUGAAAGACUAAAAUUGACGAAAUCGCUUUUGGUGACUUGAACGGUUCUGUCUAAAAACGAUUUUGUUGGGCUUAGUGGUGACUAUUACAUGUUUUUGUUUGUCGUGCAAGUUUUUAAGUAAUUUACAAGUAUAAAUAUUUUUAAACAAACUUUUUUCGUUGACCUAAAUGCAUGACAAUGUAUAAUUUGGUUUCAAUUGUGUAAAACUUCGACGCAGUGCACAGUUCGUUAUUAACGAUUUCAGUACUAUCAACAAAUAUACCAGAAAGACUGUGCUGAAUAAAAAAAUACAGUGGAGAUGCAUGCAUAAUUAUUGUCUAAUAAAGGCGAAUGAGACUUGGUUUUAAAACGAGCCCAAGGAAUCGUAUUGGAUCGCAGCCUGUAAUGGCUGGAUAAGCAGUAAUUUUCAAACUGAGAGAACCAAGUCCAAACAGUAUGGAAGACGACGGAGACGACAAAGAUGAUACUAAGAGGAGGACUCGUAACUUGAGUGAAAAAAAGCGACGGGAUCAGUUUAAUAUGCUGGUCAAUGAGCUUAGUUCAAUGGUCUCAACGAACAACAGGAAGAUGGAUAAAUCUACAGUACUCAAGUCUACAAUAUCCUUCCUGAAAAACCAUAAUGAAAUAACAGUAAGAUCUCGAGCACAUGACAUACAAGAAGAUUGGAAACCAACUUUCCUAUCAAAUGAAGAGUUUACAUACUUGGUUCUUGAAGCGUUAGAAGGAUUUGUCAUGGUUUUUUCUGCGUCAGGUCGAAUCUACUACGUCUCCGAAAGCAUUAAAUCUCUUCUUGGUUACAAUCCAACUGAAAUUCUCAAUAAGAGCAUAUUUGAUUUGACGUUUGAAGAGGAUCGCCCUAAUUUAUAUAACAUUCUACAGAACACAAAUACCCCGAAUCCCAAAGAAAUCGAGAUCCGGUUCCAGUGUCACGUGCGUCGAGGUUCCCUAGACUUCAGAGAAGAGACGACAUACGAGCUGAUACAAUUCAACGGACAUUUCAGGGCUAAUAUGGAUCAUAAUGAUAAUGAUGAUUCGUCCGGAUAUCAACAAGAUCCUGAUUCAAGGUUGCUGUUCGUUUGCACCGGUCGUCUGUUCACACCUCAUUUGAUACGCGACGUAACUUUGGUCGACUCGAACCGCAGCGAGUUCACUUCCCGGCACAGCCUCGAAUGGAAGUUCCUGUUUCUGGAUCACCGCGCUCCUCCGAUCAUCGGUUAUCUGCCGUUCGAAGUGCUCGGAACAUCUGGAUACGACUACUAUCAUUUCGACGAUCUGGAAAAGGUUGUGACCUGCCACGAGGCAUUGAUGCAGAAAGGUGAACUCACAUCCUGCUACUAUCGAUUCCUGACGAAAGGUCAACAGUGGAUUUGGCUUCAGACUCGUUUCUACAUCACUUAUCAUCAAUGGAACUCGAAACCGGAGUUUGUCGUAUGCACUCAUCGAGUUAUUAGCAAUGCUGACAUCGCCAAAAACGCCAAGCAAGAAAGCGCCGAACCUGACAACGUGAGUGAGGCGGACGCCAGCCACGGGACUAUAAAAGAUGCCCCUUCGGAAGAGAAUAAUCUGAUGGUCAUGUCGCCAUCGUACAUGUCCGACGCUAGUGACGCCUUCACAAACUCCUAUCACAGGACGUCUCAGCCACCGUCCGUGAAGUCCGCGUCGGCUUCGUGCGCCUCCGGUGGUGCUAAUAGUGGGACCGCCCCGCCCUCUACCACAGCGUGGCAGCAUUCGUCGAACACUCGCUUCGCCCGUUCCGACACCACAUCGGCGUCCGGGGAGUCUAGGUCGUCUCAGAGGAACAACUCGCACGAGCUGGCGCACGGUGGGGUCGCGAACGUUAACGAACAUCCGUGUUACGGUAGCAUGAUGUUCCCGCAGUCGUACAAAGCGGGUUCGGAACCGGCUCUGGUACCGCAACACGGCAUCGGGGCUCAGUAUCUAGAGCCGGACCCCUACGUAAGUGCGGUCAGUCUGCCCGGCGUUCUGCCUUUACCUUUGCCGCCUCUACCGAUCAUCGUGUCCCCCGAUCAGGCUCAGAUACAGGAGCAGUUGCAGAGAAAACACGAGGAACUUCAGCAGAUGAUCUUGAGACAACAAGAGGAGUUGCGACAGGUGAAAGAACAAUUACUACUGGCCAGGCUUGGUAUACUGCAACCCCUUAUAAAUGUCCCGAAUCCGUACGCGAAUACAGAAGAGACACAGCAAAUGCAACGUUUGCCGACUCAAGUAAGUUACGACAGGCCAGCUCAGCGCUCGAUAAGCGGAUACUCUCAGACACAGCCGCCCCCACAUCUGUCAGCCCUCCAGCCACACUCGCAACUUCAACACCAACACCAACACCAACAUCCAAAUCAACACCAACACCCGCGCAUGCUGUAAACGACACCGACCAACUCGUUGGCGAUAUUGGAUCAAAUAGUUGGUGCUACGAAACACCGGCGUUCUAUUGCAAACUAUUGCAAUUCAAUUUGCGGAACAUAAUCGACGACAUAUUUUAUGUGAUUAUGAGUACCAUGAUUCUUACCUUGUCUAAUGCCAUAUAAGUACAUAUACUUGAAUCUACAACCUGAUGUUGUGAAAUCAUGUUUCAUACCUUAUGUCUAUUCAUAAGGUCGUGCAAAUGGCCCGUUGCGGAACUAGUGAUGUAAGAUUUUGUUAUAUUAUAAUUUGUUACGUUAAUUUUGUUUUUGAAGUGUCGCGGACAUUUUUUGUCAAAUGCCAAUCGGAAAAAGAAAAGAAAAAGAAAAUAUAAUGGUUUUUCUUUUUUUUUCGUCCGUUAUGGUUGAAUAUUUGUUUACAAGAAAAGGCUGUGCGUUUCCAUUACUAUUAUUAUGAUUAGUUAGAAAAUACUAUAAAUGUUUUUUUCUAUUAAGUUAUUAUAUUACGUUUCGUAUGUUGUUUAUGAAUACACGAUAAAGUUUAGAACACAUUAUAACUUUAUAUCUUAUUGUCGUCUGCCAGUGACGUAUCAUGCGGCGUUUCACAGUGAAACUAUGUUUUUUAUUAUUAUUAUUAAUAAUAAAACACGUUUAAGUCUAUACUUAUGUACAUAAAAUUGGAAUUGAUCUCGAUGUAAAUUUGUACCCAAAUAAAUUGAUGGGAUAUAUAAUAUAUAUAUUUAAAUAUAUAUAUGUGUACGAGUAUUUGUCGUAAAAAAGUUGUGAAACGUCUUAAACGAUUGAUAGGUGAGUAUUUUAGAUGUACGUCUAAUAUUUAUAUUAAAAACGAGCCUCGAUAAUUAGGUACAUUUUUCAUGUAACUAGAUGAAAUAUACACGUUUUUUUAUUUUUUUGUAGUUAUAAACACAUUCUCAAUAAUAAAUGUAAAAACGGAUACAGUACAUUUGAGGCUGUCUAUUAAUGUUACGAUUAGUUUUUAAUUUCGUUUGUUUUAUAUAUUUUACAGAAAUAUAUACUUUAUAAUUUUCAUAUAUUCUAUUUGAAAUUCGUUACAUACUUAGUUUAAUUUUUAUAUUUUUCUUUCGUUGUUAUAUUUAAAAUAAAAAUAAAUGUUUUUUUAGAUUUUAUAGACGUCAAGGACAAUAAUUAUAACCUUCGAUUGUGUGUAAUCGAUUUAAACAUUUAGAAAUGUUUACGAUUAUAUAUUUAAGUAUCUAACUGUGAGAACGUUUUGCUCGUAGGUUUCUUUACGAAACUUAUUUAAAAAAAAAAGUUGGUUUUAUAAUAGAGGACCGACAUUAUAAUAUUCGAAUUUAAAAUCGUAAUACUUGACGAAUUUAGAGAGUGGUAAUCUGUGAAUUUAUCGAUAAAUUUAAUAAAUUACGACCUCGUUUUCGUUCGUGUCAUUCUUCACGCGUUCUAAAGAGAAGGGAGGUCGGAGGUCGGGGGUCGGGGGUCGGGGCGACCGAGUGCAAUUUACGUCAUAGGACUUACCUACCUGAAGCACAAGAAAAGCAUGAGCUUAAAUCGGUCACGCUAUAUUCGAGGUUUAAUGAUUCGAUGUCAACUUGAUCGCCCUUUACGGGCGGGAAAAUUUAAAGUGUCAAUUGUUGUGUUGAUUCGCAAUUGUUUCUGCGGUUUCUUUGGUACAGCAUAAGGUCAUGUAAAACAACAGAUGGCUUCAUGUGUCGCGCUAUAAAGGAAUGGUAUUAAUAAUUUUCAACGAAAAACUAUUUGAAUCGUUGUGAAUUAAAAGAGAGUGAAGAAUCUGCGUGAAAUCGGCUCAAAAUUGGGCCCCUUUACAUUUCAUUCGAAAAGUAUUAUGAAUGUAUGAAAUAAAUUAGCUGAAUUUUUUCUCGGACUUUUCUUAGAAGUCUGCGUUUGAAUUUUAAAGUAAUUUUUUAUACUUAGCUAAAUGGUAAAUAAAAUUUUCUAAUAAGUUACCCUAUUUAAACAAAAUGUACCAAAUUCGUGUAAAAUGUAGGAGGAUUUUUGUUAUGCGGUGCUUUCUGGCCCGCCCUAAUGCGUUUCUUUUUUCCCUACCUAUGCUGAUAGCCUUGAGAGGCUAUUUCAGCUUCGACUCGACGUGUAGGUGAAAAAAAAAAAAAAAAAACUCACUGGGCUCUAACCGGGAGUGUUGAUAACACUGGCUCUAGCAAGAGCAGUGCUUCGCGGAAUCUACCACCGGACCGAAAACGCGACCCACUGAGAAGAUCCGGCGAGAAAAGCAGUGGGCUGUGUCUAUGGGUUAAUUUACUCGUCGAGCCCUUGCCGAGGCUCGGCGAGGACAGUGACCGGUGCUUGAGGUCCCUAAUUUGCGUGAGUUAGUAAACUCGCUAAAACUGCGUAGACUUUGUAAGAUCAAGCGGUUCAAAACAAGUCGUGCUCGCGUUUUGAUAUCUUCCUUUCGAAAUUCGAUCGAUCGAUUGAUCUAAAUUCGAAUGUUGACAGUUGGCAUAACAGUUGACAAUUUUUUGAUGUCACUGUUUUAAUGGAAAUAUAAUAAAAUGUACAUAUUUACAAACACGUUACAUAUUAAUCUAAAGUAAAUUCAAAGUGUCGUAGAAAAUUUUGAAUCUUUUUUUUUUCUUAUAAUUUUAAGCUUUCGAUGUUUUUAGUAUAUUAAUAAAAUGUCUCAACGAUACACUUUUGUCAAUAAUUUUUUUUAGUUUGCAAGUCGUAAAGGUCGGUAUCGGUUAUUUGAAAUGAUAAUAAACAAUUUAUGUUUAUUUAUUUACGCAUAUAGAUUGUUUAAGACAUGUUAUAAUAUAAAUAUAGUGGACCGAUUAAGACUUGUGUAUAACGCUUGCGUUUACAAAGUUAUUGAUAAGAUGCAUAUCUUCAAUACGGUCAUACCAAAUAGUUAACCAUUGAUUUUAUAAUAUUAUAGUAUAAUUUUGUUAAUACAUAUAUACUACAUAUGUUUGUUAUUUUGAUUUAUUGAAUUUUAUUACGGUCCGUGAUAUUUAGUUAAAGCGUUCAGACAUUUCAUAGAUAUAAGCGAACUUUCUCUGUUGCAAUUUAAAUGUUAGUUACAAGAACGUAGUUUUAAGUAUAUAAUAAAAAUUUGCAUCUAAUAUAAUCUAAUAUGUCUUUGUACGUAAAUAUAUGUUUUCGAUCGAUUUUUUUUUACAGAAAGUGUACUACUGCAUCGGAUAGAAUUUAUAAACUACGAUAAUAAAUUAUGAACGGAAACGAAGGUUUGUGUAUUGUCGAGUUUGAAUACUUUUUUAUUAGUAUUUCUUAAAUAAAUACGAAAAAUAAAGGAACAUGUUUUUAGUGUUGGAAGAGCGCUGAUGAUCUUUAAAGACCUGGUUUUCUAUUGAGUUUCCUAAAUCUAUCCAUCAGCUUGGAAGCUCUCUCAUAUGCUAGAUAAAUUUACUGUGAAUGGUCAAAGAAGCGGACCUCAAUGCGAUGAGUCUUCUUUAAAUUUAUAACGUAACUUUUUUUAAUUUAAAUAAUGCAUUAUCUUGAUAGAUGUAGUCGGAGCACACCAAUGUAAAUAUUUUAUAAACAUCUGGAUUUGAACAUAUAAUUUAUUCAUAAAACGGAAAACAACACGGUAUCGGUUCUGUUAAUGUAAAAUGGAAAUAAAUGAAAAACCAUUGAAAUCAGUCGAAAUGUACUCUUAUUUCUAAAUUGAGUUGCUUACAUUCUAAAAUUAAAAGCUAAGUAGCCUGUAUGCAGAGAACUUUGUUAAUUUUUAAUCGGUUACUGCGAUCAUGAACUUUAUCAAAAGUACAUGUUAACGUAAAUGUUUAAAUUUCACAAUUUAAGACAUUUCAUUAUGUUAUCUGUAUGCUAUUAAAAUUGUUUUAAAAUUUC